GGUUCGUUCACCUGAGGGAUAGUUCGUUAUGCUUAGUUCGUGAACAUUUAAUUUGCACGACAAAACGAAGCUAAAAAAUAACAGAAACGUAACUAAAUUUAGUGUUCAAAUGAAAAGUAAACCAUAAAAAUCCAUUGUGAAAAAUUGUGGGGUGGUGGGAGCAAAACGGAUACUCAAUAGUAAAAAGAGCGUAAGCCAGCGCAAAGGAGAGUGUGUGUGUGAGUGCACAGUGGAGAGGAGCAUGACAUGUAUUUGAUGUGUACUCAGCGGCCGAAGAGAGCGCAUUAAACAAGAACAAAACACACGCACGCAACUGCGAGAAAGCUUCUUGUCGUUGUGUUGUCGGUGUGGGAGAGUCAAAGUCGGUUACGAAAAAUACGCGGCGUAAAGCGUGUGUGGAUAGCAUAAAACACACAUAGAUACAACCAUACACACUUAAUCAUAUAUACAGAGUGUAGUAUAUUUUGCGAAGCUCGCACUCCAAGUAGAGGCACACAGAAAACAGGGAAACAAAAUGAAUCCAGCAGUGGAUGCGUGGGUUAUUACCCAGCGGGAGAAGCUCAAGUACCAAGAGCAGUUCAAGGCACUACAACCCCAGGGCGGCUUUGUAACCGGAGCCCAAGCAAAAGGAUUUUUUUUGCAGUCCCAGCUGCCGCCGCUGAUCUUGGGUCAAAUAUGGGCACUGGCUGACACGGACUCUGAUGGAAAAAUGAAUAUUAAUGAGUUCAGCAUAGCUUGCAAGCUUAUCAAUUUGAAGCUACGCGGCUUGGAAGUGCCCAAAACUUUGCCUCCCACACUGCUCAGCUCGCUAACGGAUGUUGUAGGCGGUCCGUCGCCUGCCAUGACGCCCCGUGGUUCAACCAGCUCCAUGAGUCCCGUGGAUGCAUUGAAAAACAUUGCAGCUGUACCGCCGGUCGUGCCCAUUGCUGUUGUUCCACCUCCAGUUGUGGCACCACCUGUGGCGAUUCCACCACCAGUUGCGGUUCCUGUUGCUGCUGUGCCCGCAGCGAUUGUCUCGCCUCCGCAAAGCAAUCCACCUAGUCGUCAUAUGUCCAUUUCGGAGCGUGCUCCUUCCAUCGAAUCGCCUCAGGCAGAGUGGGCCGUGCAGGCGGCACAAAAACGCAAAUACACGCAGGUGUUUAAUGCCAAUGAUCGCACCCGGUCGGGCUUUUUGACGGGUGCCCAGGCCCGUAGUGUGCUUGUGCAGAGCAAAUUGCCGCAGGUAACGCUGGCGCAGAUUUGGACACUUGCCGAUAUAGAUGGUGAUGGCCGACUCAGUUGCGACGAGUUCAUCUUGGCCAUGUUUCUGUGCGAAAAGGCUAUGGCUGGUGAGAAGAUACCCGUUACUUUGCCACUCGAUUGGGUGCCGCCCAGCCUGCGUAAGAUCAAGUCGCGACCGGGUUCCGUCUCCGGUACUGUGUCUCGCCCAGGCUCGCAGCCGACGUCACGUCACACGUCGGUUUCCUCACAGGGCGCCGUCAUGUCGGAUGCUGAUCCUACUGCCGGCUUGCCGCAAACUUCGUUCGAGGACAAGCGCAAGGAGAACUAUGAGAAAGGCAAGGUUGAACUGGACCGCAGGCGUAAGCUAAUGGAGGAUCAACAACGUAAGGAGCGGGAAGAGCGCGAGCGCAAGGAACGGGAGGAAGCAGAAAAACGCGAAAAGGCGCGUCUUGAAGCUGAACGCAAACAACAGGAGGAACUGGAGCGUCAGCUUCAGCGUCAGCGUGAAAUCGAGCAAGAGAAGGAAGAGCAGCGCAAACGUGAGCUGGAAGCCAAAGAGGCGGCCAGAAAGGAGCUGGAGAAGCAACGUCAACAAGAAUGGGAACAAUCACGCAUUGCCGAAAUGAAUGCGCAAAAGCAGCGGGAGCAGGAGCGUGUACUCAAGCAGAAAGCACACAACACUCAGCUAAACGUGGAGCUCAGCACACUGAACGAAAAGAUCAAGGAUCUAUCGCAAAAGAUAUGCGAUACACGCGCUGGAGUUACCAAUGUCAAGUCAGUGAUUGAUGGCAUGCGCACUCAGCGCGACACUUCCAUGAGCGAAAUGGCGCAGUUGAAGGCGCGCAUCAAGGAGCAAAACGCAAAGUUGCUGCAGCUAACACAGGAACGAGCGAAAUGGGAAGCCAAGAGCAAAGUAAGCGGUGCCAUACCCGGCGAGUCAGGACAGCAAGAGCAGCUAAACGCAGCGUUUGCGCACAAGCAGCUGAUGAUUAAGCAGAUCAAAGAUAAAGUGGAAAAUAUUAAAAAAGAAAUCGAAUCCAAGAAAGAAGAUCUCAAUUCGAACGAUAUAACCAUGCAGGAGCUGAAGGCCGAGCUUUCUGCACUGAUUACCAAAUGCGAGGAUCUGUACAAGGAGUACGAUGUGGAGCGCACGGCGGUGCUCGAAUUGAAAUAUAAUCGCAAGAAUGAGACAGCCACAAUAAGCGCCACAUCUGCUUGGGAUACUGGCAGCGCUUGGGGCAGCACUGCCACCAGUGUGCCAGCUGCUGUCGAUGCCUAUAGUGGUUAUGGCCUAAACAAUGAUACAGCCGCUGCUGAAACGGUGGCCGCUGUUGAUCUGAGUGGGCCGGCGCCUGAGGGUUUCGUUAAAUAUCGCGCCGUUUAUGAGUUCAAUGCGCGCAACGCAGAGGAGAUUACGUUUGUGCCAGGCGACAUAAUCUUGGUGCCUCUGGAGCAGAACGCUGAGCCCGGCUGGUUGGCCGGUGAAAUUAAUGGUCAUACUGGCUGGUUUCCCGAGUCCUACGUGGAGAAGCUGGAGGACGGGUCAACAGCAUUGGCAACCGGAGAGGCAGUGGCAGUGCCAAGUGUUGCUGAUACUGCUGCGACCCUUACCAAUAGCUACUUGGACAAUAACGCCUUGGCGGCACAGUCAGCGCUGGCAGCAACUGACGCUGCUGCUGCUGUUACUGAUGCUGCUUUAGGCGAUGUCGAAUACUAUAUAGCCGCAUAUCCUUAUGAAUCCGCCGAGGAAGGUGACCUGAGCUUUAGCGCUGGCGAAAUGGUCAUGGUCAUCAAGAAGGAGGGCGAAUGGUGGACGGGUACUAUUGGCAAUCGGACCGGCAUGUUCCCAUCGAACUAUGUACAAAAGGCCGAUGUAGGCACAGCUGCUGUCGCCAAUUCAGCUGAAGCUGCAGUUGAACCUGAACCCGUCGAACAGGAGGUCACACACAAUGGCAUUAGUGCUUCAUAUGCUGCUCAGCCAGAAUCAGUAGAAGUAAAGCAGUCACAGACCCAGCCGGCCGAGCUGGAGGAGUCGCACACAAACGAAGAUCUCGACACUGAAGUAUCGCAGAUAAACACGCAAUCCAAAACACAGAGCGAACCGGCCGAAAGCUACAGCCGGCCCAUGUCACGUACUUCUUCCAUGACACCCGGCAUGCGCGCCAAGCGUUCGGAGAUAGCACAAGUUAUAGCACCAUACGAGGCCACCAGCAGCGAGCAACUGUCGCUGACACGUGGCCAGCUGAUCAUGAUACGCAAGAAGACCGACUCCGGCUGGUGGGAGGGUGAGCUGCAGGCCAAGGGCAGAAGGCGUCAAAUCGGUUGGUUCCCGGCCACCUAUGUCAAGGUGUUGCAGGGCGGACGCAACAGUGGACGCAAUACACCCGUCUCUGGCAGCCGCAUCGAAAUGACCGAACAGAUUUUGGACAAGGUGAUUGCUCUAUAUCCGUACAAAGCACAAAACGAUGAUGAGCUCUCGUUCGAGAAGGACGACAUCAUCAGCGUACUGGGACGCGAUGAGCCGGAAUGGUGGCGCGGCGAGCUGAAUGGCCUGUCUGGUUUGUUUCCCAGCAAUUAUGUGGGACCAUUUGUUACGUCCGGAAACGUAUAACGAGUCAUCGGGUUUGGUCUUUAAACGGCGUUAGGAGUACGCCGCACACAACAACAACUACAACAACAAUAAAACCAGGUCUUCACGGACCCAUAUAUUAAGUUCAUCUAAAAAUUAAUCAGUAUCUAGUCAAAAUUUAGCGAGAUUUUUUUAGUUUCGUAACUUUGUUCAAACUUUUUAAAGACGUCUUAUAUUAUCACAGACCAUCCUAAUUGUACCAAGAAAUUUAAUAAGUAUUAAAAAAUUAUGAAGUUGUUUAAAAGUUAGGACUCUCGCUCUCUCACGUUAAGGCAGUUUAUCAUCUUCAGCUUUAUAGUUUUAAAUAUAUGAGAUAUUUUAUUUGACUUUUUUUAAGAUUCAAGGAUCUUGUCGUAAAAUCAAAUGUGCAACUUUAAAGAAAACUCAUAAAUGUAAUCAAUCAAAUUACCAUAAAGAAUACAAAUCGCAAUCGAAAUCAAGUUAAAUACAAACAUAUUUAAUAGUAUAUAUACACAUAUAAUAUGCAUAUAGAAUGAGACAAAAGAAAUACAUAAUUAUAUCAAGGAAAAUAUUUCAAUUUUGUUGUAUUAGAUGUGUUUCACUCAAUGCAUAUACUAUAAACAUUUAAAGUGUUUUUCCCCCAAAUCAAAUCGAAAAAAAUGCAAGAUAUAUAUAUAUAUAUAUAUAUAUAUAUACUAACUACCUUUGAAACUACACACAUAUAUAAAGAUGGUUUUCUGUGUUUUCCAAUAAUAUGCGCAUGUGUUUGUAUAUAACAUCUAUUUAAUGUUAAUUGUUAACUAAAUACUAAGCUCUCAGAACUAUAUAUACAAACAAAUAUAUAUAUAUAUAUACAUAUAAAAAAUUGGUAUGGAAGAGAAGGCUUAAAAGCACACAUACAACAGUAUUGGUAAUACGUAUAACAUCUUUAAUCGCUUAACUAUAUAUAUGAUUUUUGUUUUGUUUAUAGACCUGAUUUAAUUGUUUAAUACUUUAAGCGCUUACUUUAACUGCCAUAUUUCAAUUAGUUUUGCAAGCAGCAUUUAAAGCGGGAUUAAAAGUUGAUUAGAAUACUGUAAAACAAAAAAAAAAAAUCAGAAAAAAUAAAAUAAAAAAAUUAUUGUAUAAAAUUUGUGGGUAGAACGUUAUACGACUUCAAUACAAGUUAGCUAUAUAUAAACAUACUAUGAUCUAGUGCAAUAUAUAUACAGCUAUAUUAUGAUCUGUUCUGUUAUGCUGUGCAUCAGUUCUAUGCUAGUUAUGGUUAAAUAUAUAAAUAUACUUGAAUAUUCUAAUAAUGCUAUAUCUACAAUGAAACCACUCACACUCUCGAUUGCCUUUCAAAACGAUAUUCAGUAAUUAACUUGAUGAAAACUAAUUUAGUAACUUGUUAUUGCAUACCAUAAACUAUACAUAUAUGCAUCUAUAUAGGACCUAUAACAAAAAAAAAAAGAAAGAAA